AUGGAGACCAUGAUGCUGGAGGGCCCUCACAUGGCCGAGGCCUUCCCAGGGGAGGAGGGGGAGCAGGCCAGGGUCCAGCUCUCCACGCUCAGACACAAAUGGGAGGCCUUACUGGUAGAUGCGGUGAACAGGCGGGGCAAUCUGGAGCUCAUCCUACCCAGGGCCAAGCUCUUCCAGGAGAGGGUGGACAGCCUUCAGCAAUGGCUCAUCUCUGUGGAGCAGGACCUGGCCAAGUUACGCAUCGCUGAGAGGGAAAUGCUACACCUCCCAGAGGGUACGGAGGAAGCCAAGGCUGUGGUGGAAGAGAUCAAGGCGAAAAACGCUGACUUGGUGAAAAUUCAACAGAGCGGUCAUGACCUCAAGGAGAAGGUUUCAGAAGAGGAAGCCCAGCAGGUGCAAGAGCGUGUGGACAGCCUGAGGAUCCGCUGCUCGGUGUUGAGCCUGACCAGUGGUGACGUGCUGCAGAGACUGGAGCAGGCCCUGGAGGCAUCCAGCCGCUGCACCUCCAGCCAGGAAGACCUCCACCUGUGGCUGGGCCGCAUCGAGAGGGAACUGCUGGGGCCUGCUGGGGGGCAGACUGGGGGUGGAGACACGGCGCUCUGUGCUGCAGAGAGACAGAGGUUGGAGCAGGCUGUGGUGAAGGAGAUGGCCUGGUUCAGAGACACUGCCCUAGGCCUGGAGCAACUCAAAGCCAUUACUCUGGAGCCUGAGCUUAUCUCUGCCCAACUCUAUGAACAGAAGAUCCUUGCGGUGGAGAUUCUGCAACACAAGUUCAACAUUGAGAAGAUGGUGAAGAUCGCUGAAAUCUUGCAGACAUACGGCGAUGAAGGGGAAAUAAGGGAUCUGCAGACCCCGUUGGAUGCCUUACAGGAACAAUGCAACACCACAUCAGCCACCAACUCCCAUGUGGUCCUGCAGCUGGAGCAUGCCCAAUCCCUCUUGGUUCAGUUCACUGAGGGCUUUGCUGAGGUGUCACCAUGGCUACAGGAAACCCAAGCGCUCAUUGGCCAGCUCUCCCUGAGCACCAUUAGCUACAAGGCAUUCCGAGAACAACAGGACCUCUUACAGGGCCUAAGGGAGUCCAUAGCAGAGCAUAGACCUCUGAUAGCACGGCUGUGCUCGCUGGGGAAGCGUCUGUCAGAGCUUAGUCCCGCCCAGGGGGAGGAGUUCUGUCUUAGCGCCACAGAGGCUGAGGAGCAGCACAGGGCCAUCAGGGACAGGGUCAGAGAGGCUGCCAAUCUGCUGGAAGAGUCCCUGCCAAGAUACACACAGUUGAAUGAGAGGAUGACGCUGAUUAGAGAGAGUCUGGAUCGUCUGCUUGGCCACAUGCAGUCCCCAGACUCUCUGCAGGGCCACACCCCACGCAUCCAGGAGCAGCUACAGGACAACAAGCACACCCUGGCUGAGCUCUCCAAGCUGGAGCUGGUGCUGGGGAGUGUCCGGACCCAGGCUGACGAGCUCCUGGCCAACACGCUGGCAGCUGGGGAUGCCUCCAUCGGUACAGCGAUCCAGGAGCAGGUGUCCAGCCUGACCCAGCUGUGGGAGGAGGCUCAGACGCAGGCUCGGGAGAGAGAUGGCUGGCUGCUCAACCUGCUGGACCUGGCUCUCAAGUUCUGGAACGAUGUUAGUGACGUGGCGGCCGGCCUGAACGAUGCCCAACAGGCUGUCCUUGACCUGAACGCCAGUAGGACAGACUCAGAGACCAUCCGCCAGAGCCUGGAGACCAUGCAGACACUCAGGAAGGACAUUGACAGUCUACAGGGGGAGCUGGACACGCUUGGCAUUCUGGGAAUGGACCUGAUGUCAGCAUGUGGGGAUACAGACAAACCUGAUGUCACCAAGAGCCUAGAUGAGCUCUACUGCACAUGGAACAACCUGAGUAAACUCUGGAGUGAGUGUCACAAAACGCUGGAGGAAUCUUUACAGAUGGCUCUACACUACCAGGACACCAUACAGGGGCUUUUCGAGUGGCUCAAGUCAGCAGAGCUGAGAUCCACAGAGGAGUUCUUGGUAGGAACUGACCUGGAGUCAGUCAAAGAGCAGCUGUGUGAUCUCAAGGAGUUUAAACGGGAGCUGUACCAGAAGAAGAUCGAGGUGGAGAGCCUGAACCACCGCUUCGUGUGCAGGCUGUCUCCAGGCUCUGAGCGUCCCGGAUCCGUCUCUCCCCUGUGUGACUUCAGACAGCGCUGGGACAGCCUGGAGGCAGAGACCGUCAGCAGACAGCAUCAGUUGGAGUGUGCUCUGCUGGGUCUGGGUCAGUUCCAGAACACUCUGGACGAGCUGCACACCUGGCUCUCCCACACAGCCGACCUCCUCCAGGGCAGCCGCCCAAUCAGCAUCGACCUGCAGGCAUGCGAGAUAGAGCUAGCCAAACACAAGGUGCUGCGUAAUGACGUCAUGUCCCACGUGCGUACGGUGGAGUCUUUGAACCAGGCGGGGCGGGGCCUGUUGGAGGUGGGGACUGGGGACAGCCCUCAUGGUCUGCACUUGCGGCUGGAGCAGCUGAACGAACGCUGGGAGUUUGUCCGCUGUGAGACAGAGCGCAGACAGCUACAGCUGGAGAACAACCUCAGUCAGGUCCAAGAUGUUACCAUGGAGAUCCAGGACCUUCUUCAGUGGUUGGAGAACACAGACCUGAGACUGUCCUCCAGUAAGACAGUGUGGGGGAUGCCUGACUCUGCCAGCGAGAGGCUCAACGCACAUCUGGAACUGUGUAAUGAGAUGGACUCCAAGCUCCAUGCCUACACAGACGUGAGGAACGCCAUCCGCAGGAUGUUGGAGAGCAGCAACGUGACCCGGGGCUCCAGCACGGAACACAGCCUCUGUAUCCUGGAGCAGAAGUGGACUACCGUCUACGGGAAAGUACAGGACCGCAAGGCUAAGCUAACCGAAGGGUUGAGCCUGGCGAAGGAGUUCCACUGUAAUGUCCAGGAGCUGCUGACCAGGAUGGCCAAGUGUGAGGAGGCCAUAGGAGUCCUGCCUGUCCCCAGCUUUGUCCUGGAGACAGUCUGUGGCCAGCUUCAAGACCACCGGACUCUGGUAAGUGAGGUGAACUGCUACGGUGAGAAGAAGACAGUGGUGGAGAGUGCAGGCUCCAGGCUGACCGAGUUGAGCAGGAAGGAGGACUGUGACGUGGUUCACAACCUGAUCAUGACCGUACACGACCGCUACAGGAAACUUCACCAGCGAGCCACAGAGAGGGGCCGAACGCUAGAGGACGUCAAGAAGAAUGCAAAACAGUUCAGUGAAUCUUGGCGCCUCCUAGUGGACUGGAUGACUGAGGUGGAGCAGACACUGGACACACAUAAAGAGAUUGCUGUGGACCACGAGGAAAUUAAACUGCAGCUCACCGAACAGAAGGACUUCCAGAAGCUUCUGCGCUCGAAGCGACCCAUGUAUGAGGCCACUCUAAAGAGUGGGCGGGGUCUUCAUGAGAGGUCUCAGAGCGCCCAGGACAGACAGCACCUGGAGAACCUGCUCUCUGAGCUCCGGGACUCAUGGGAUACCAUCAGUGGCAAAUCCAUGGAAAGGCAACACAAACUGGAGGAAGCACUGCUGUUUUCAGGCAGAUUCACAGACGCUCUUCAAGCCUUGAAUGACUGGUUAUACAGAGCAGAGCCACAGCUGGCUGAAGACGUACCUGUCGGUGGGGAAAAAGACAUGGUCAACAAUCUGAUCGACAAGCACAAGGUGUUCCAGAAGGAGUUGGGGAAGCGAGCCGGGUGCAUUAGGACCCUGAAGCGCUCGGUGAGGGACCUGACCAGGAGCAGCACUGCUGAUGCCCAUUGGUUGCAGGAGCAGAUGGACGAAUUGGAGGCGCGCUGGGAGGACGUGUGUAAACUGUCCGUAUCCAAGCAGGCCAGGCUGGAGGCAGCCCUUCAACAGGCUGAGAAGUUUGACAGGUUGGUCCACUCCUUCCUGGAGCAUCUGGCGGAGGCAGAGAGGGUGCUGAGGUACGGGGUCAUCCCUGAGGAGGAGGAAGCUCUGCUGGCCUUCCGCAAACAGCAUGAGGAGUCAAUCACUUCCCUGCGCUCCCAGGAGAUGGAGCUAGAGAGCAUCCGGUGUCUGAAUGAGGGAAUCCUGUCCUCCUGUCACCCAGACUCCAUCAUCACACUCAAGUCCUGGAUCAGCGUCACCAAGACCCGCUACGAAGAGGUGCAGACUUGGGCCCAACAGCAGGGCCAGAGGAUCCAGGCCAGCCUGUCUGCUCUGGAGGCUGAGCGGGAGAAGCUACAGCGUCUACUGGACUGGAUCUCAUCCGCCGAGGAGGUCCUCAACCUCAGAGACCAGGAGCCACCGGCUGAGAGCAUAGAACACAACCAAGAACUCAUCGCCCAACACAUGGUAUUCAUGGAGGAGCUGAACCGAAAACUACCAGAGGUUGAACAUGCCACAAAAUCCUGCAAAGAGAAGCUGAUCCCCAAACAGCAGGCUUCACCGUGCCGCAAGGCACUGACAAAGAGGAGGAGCACUCUGAAACUCCAGCCUACAGUAAUCCCUCUCCCCCUGGAGAACCUAGACCCUCAGACCCCUCAGCUGUGUCAGCUGGUCAGCCACUGGCAGAAACUCUGA